AUGUCCAUCAAGCUGUGGUCAGCUACGAGCACUGCUUCGUCACGGACGUACGCGGCAGCUUCGACGCCGACUGUGGCUGGUCAUCGACCGACGCAGAAGAUGGACAGUAGUGCGUGGCUCGCAGCGGCCUUGGCGGAUAAGGUCGCAACACGACAAGACGAGGGACAAGUGACGAGGGAGUGUGUGAUGAUGCUGAUCGAGUGA